AAAAAAUAUCGGCGGAAGGGUUGGUUAGAAGGGCGAAUAGUAUUAUAUGACAUGAAUUUAUCCAUGGAAAUCUAUACAGAUGGAUCGGUUCUAAAUGACCGCAGUGCUGGUUACGGGAUAUAUGCUCCAAAUCCCGAAUACAGAGAAUCCAUCCACACCUUUGAAUCCAACAAUAUCUUUUAUGUAGAAUCUAUGGCCAUACUCCGGGCAGUGACUAUUGCUGCAGCUGAAAGACCGAACAAAGUUGGUAUUUUCUCAGACUCUUUCAGCACAGUUAACGCACUAAAUUCUCCUGAUCUGGAUGCAUGGAUUCCUGGAUAUAAGAACAUACCAGGCAAUGAAAUGGCAGAUAGGUUGGCGGGUCUAGAGGCCCGCAGCUCUGAAUACCCACUUGAACAACUAUCACCGCCAUGGAUAGGGGACUUUAUUGAUGACUUUAAAAACACAAUCAAGCAAGAAGCAAAUGAUUUUAUUGAGAAGGAAUUUACUCACAAAGGUAUAAAAUAUAGAGCUAACACAUCUGAACUUGCAUCGAAACCUUGGUUCAAAGAUUUGGGAAUCAUCGAUAGAAACGUAAUUACUCUUAUGGCUCGGCUCCUACCACAUAUGCACAACGAAGCAUCUAAGGAGGAAACUCAACAUAAUAGACAUCUGUCAAUGUGGAUGGCAUAACAG